AUGGAGAAUGGACAGGUGCGGCGCAUCACACUGAUGUGAUGUCUGCAAUGGCGCAUGUGUCUGUGUCUGUGUCCACCUUUGCAGAGUGAGAGGUCUCCUGCUGCUGCUGCUGCUGCUGCGCCUUCAUCUGUAUCGGCAUCUGCUCGUGGUGGUGAUGGUCGUGGUUUGAGUGAGAGGGAGGACGUCGAUUGGCAGCGAAUCUCGGACAUGGUAAGCCGCUGACAAAGCCAUGUGUACACUGACGGAUUUCUCUUGCCGUCCGUGUGCUGUGUGUUUGUGUGCAGCCGGGCCUCCUUAGCAUCGUCAUGGCCUUCCUCCCCCUCCACCUGCUCGUCCGUGUGUCGAACCAGACGUGGCAGCAGGCGGCCCCCAGUCAUCAUCGCCUGGUCAUCAGCGCAGAGGACAGAGAGGAGCGGUCUGUGUGGCAGCGAAUGCCCCUCCCCUUCGUCAAUCAGCUCGCGGCACUGCUCACACAGCUGACCUGUGUCGUCCCCUGCUACCCCAUCGGCUUCCCUCUUUGGUGCUUUGACGUCUUCGUUGCCAUGGUGGAGGGUCAUAUCGCCGCGCGGCGUGCAGCCAACAUGGAAGGCGGCACACUGCACACCAUCAGCAUCGAGGGAGUCCACCUGACUGAGAAGGAGAGGGAGACCGUCACAAGGACACCCUCACCCCUCCCACCCCCUCUCGACACUCCCCCGGCCCUCCCCGCACUCACCACUAUCGUCGGUUUGAUGCGCGACCAUCAGGGACUGGCUGACCGCGGCUGGCGAGUGCCGUCACUCGCGGUCGUGCGGCAGGCCGGGUGGGAGGCUGACAACCUGGGCCGAUUCAUCAGCUCGUCCAUCUCCUUGCAGCACGUGGACGGGGGAUUUGGGGGUGGCGAGUGGGCGCGUGUGUUGAAGCACAUCCCUGAGACAACUGCUGGGCAGCUGGGAGGGCCACCAAGCCACUUGGAGGCCAUCGGCACCAUCGAUCUCGGACCUCAGGAUCCGGCGGUCGUCGAGCGGCUUCGGGUGAUCACACAAGACAGAUUGGUUCAUGAUGUGCCCUAUGUGUGCCUUGUUGUCAGGAAGUGCUCCUGGCGCGUGGGAGUCGACGGUCGCUCGAGCAGCUGCACGUGCACCUUCCCUACGACAUAGGCCGCCCCACCGUGCCCGUGCUGCUGGCUCUGGACCGGUUGGUCACCACGUGCUGCCAACAUGACGCUCCCGUCACCUUCGAGUCACCAGACGGCGUGUUCGACCUCGACAUUUUCUACCACAACGACCUGCCCACCUAUCCGUCGCCCCCCCUGGAGUGCAUGAUCCAGGAGCUGGCGCGGCAGGCGACAGUGGUGCGGUACACCAUCACAGCGGACGAUUUCACCGAUGACGACGGCGGCCCCACCCAGUCGGCCAUCGACAUCGCCAAGACACUAACAUUCGACAAGACCAAGAGGGUGGAGGUCCUCAACGCCUAUAGCUUCCGUCCCCCCGCCAAGAGGCCGCCGCCCCACCCCUCAAUCAUCACCCACCUGCAGCCAUUCCCAAAGGCAACAUCGCUUGACGUCCACAGCACGUCGGGUGUUGCCGCGGGCCGGCUCCUGGGGGACAAGAUGGUCGUCGACAAGGUGGCGGGUGUGCUUGUCUCUGGUUUGCCGGGUGGUGAGAAGAAGGUGGGCGUGCUGACGGCACUGGGGAGGGAGAGGGAGGUGGGUGACGUGUGGAUGGGUGAGUUCAAAGUGGACGAGCUGGUUGGAGCUACCGACAGAUUGCCAUCGAUCAAGAAUCUACACCUCACUCUGACACGUGAGCACAGAGGAAAAGGAAAUGCACGUGUCUUUCCGUCUUUGUUCGUGCAUUCAUCCCUCGUUGUCCUGUGUGUGUCUGCCUCCAGUGCCGUCUGGCUGUGUGGAGGAUGCCGGCAGCUUCGUGUACGCAGGCCUCUCGUCGCUGAUCGACCGCGUCAGGGGUCUGCAGCGUCUGGGGCUGAGGGCCUCCAACAUGACCCCCCAGCAGCGCGGCACCAUCCUGGCCUCCCUGCCUGAGGGCGCCAAGAUCGAUGGCUUCACACUCACACACAAGCAAGACCCGCAUUGGAAUUGGACAACCGUGACAGCACUUCGCGAUGGCUGAAGGUGAGGGCACCUCCGCGAAGGUCCGAUUGUAGAAUGAUGUUCAUCUCUCCUCCGUGUGUCGGCUGUUUUGUCAGGAUGGCUGUCUUGGUGGACCGUAGCUCACGGGGCAGUGGUGGAGUUGCUGUGAAUAGUGCUGGGUGAAAUACAUUCGUGUGGUGGGUGCAUAGCAGUGUGCGGGUGAGUGUGUUGAUGAGUAGACAGCUGUACAGAGCUGGCGGAUGGGGGGUGGGGCUAACGUGCGUCGGCAUGGGAAGGAGCACCUCACACACACACAUACACACACACAGAGACAGACAGACAGACAGACUACAUAGGCAGGCGGGGGCUUGCUCUCCCGUUGUCUGGUGUGGUGCUGGAUGGUGGGUGCAUACAUACAUACACACAUACCUCUGACUGAUGGAUUUGUCGUGCGUCUGCCGUUGGGCGUUGCUGUCUGGCUCGCUCGCCCUUGCUUUGUCUCUCCUGCUGCCCCUUGCCCUCAUCCGUUCCCCUCACUGGCUGGGACGAGAGGAAAGGCAGCAGCAGCAGAGAUGGGCACGAUGGGCAAAUUGAAGUGUGAGGGCGGUAGCUGCCGAGCCGCUCGGCGAGCCCGAAGACAGACAGACAGACAGACAGGCAGGCAGACAGGCAGACAGACAGGUGCAUGUAUUUCGAUUGCAGUGAAUGACAGAGGUGCAUGUAUGUGUUUCGUGUGCGUGUAUACUUGCGGGCAUUGCAUUUGACUGACUUGGGACGACUCUGUAUUUCGUGUGCGUGCCGUUGG